GUCAGGCGAUGCAGGCCGCGAGCAAGCUCGUGCCCAAGGGCUACACGUCCGAGGGCAAGCUGCGCCUCCUCACCGGCGCCGACCUCGCCCAGCUCGGCAUCGCCGACGACGACCUGCGCAAGGCGCUCCUCGCCGUCAUCAGCGGCAAAGCCUCGGGCGCCGGCUCGGCCAAGGGCAAGGCGGCGGCGGCUGGGGACGGGGCAGCAGCAGCAGAGGGAGAGGUCAGGAGGAAGCGCGCGAGGGACAGCGACCUCGACAAGCCGCUGCCGACCCGUGCGCCCAAGGGCGACUCCGUCGACGAGGACUUUCAGUUCGACGAGAUCGAGGCAGAAGAGGCCCUCGUCAAGAAGUUCUGCCUCACGAACCGCGCGCCCGUCAUGACGGCUUGGGCUUGCGUUGUUGCCGAACGGCUCGGGUUCCGCCGACAAGAAGCGCUCAGCAUCGCACACGUCUUUACCGACAUGAACGCGACGUCCAAGGGCGUCUCGCUCGGCCUCAUGUCGGCCGACGCGCUCAAGGUCGCAGUCGGGCCGUCGCAGCCUUUCGUCGAGAUCCUCGGGCGCAAGGUCCCGGUCCUGUCGACCCAGAACGGCGAGUGGCGCGCCAUCUCGAAGGGCCUGGUCGCAGAUCCGGGCAAGGCGUUCGCCUACAUGCGCAACGCGUUCAGGCAACAGCUUGGCGCCGUCGUCGGCUCGAUGCGCCUUCUCGCCGACAGCUUCUCGCCGGCAGAGCUCAACACCAAGGGAUACGGCCUGUACCUCGACUUUCGCCCAGACGUCGACGGUUGGGGCAAAAAGGCCGAGCUCCGCAUGUCGACCAUCCUCGGCCUGCGGCGCUUCCUCACGCACGCGCCCGUCGACGACGCGCCCGAGGCGAGCGGCAGCCGGCAGCAGGAGGACGAGGAGGAGCGAGCGCGCGAGGUCAAGCAGGAGGUGGACGGGGCAGACGCGCCGGUGCGCGUCGAGGCCGAGCCCGAGGACAACGCAGGCGGUGUCGAGCGGGUGACGAAGCGGGUCAAGCGCGAGGAGGACGGCGGCGAGGACGACGUCAAGUCGAGCGUGGUCGCCGCCGAGGACGAGUUCGACGCUCUCCUCGCCGAGGACGACGACCUGUUUGCGGCCGUCGACCUUUGAGUAGUGCCCUCUCCCCCUCGUGCUUGUUGUUACAGUACCCGCAGCCCUGCAAUCGUCGUCGUCGUCU